UUACAAGAUGGCUGCGUCUGUUUGGCUUCCUGGUCCCGCAAACAUGCGGUUAACAGAGGAGCUGGUGUCCGUUCUGAAAGAGCAACGCACUCAUUAUCUACCUGCGUUAUUAGCGAACUACAGAGAACAUGGCGUGCUGCCAACCCAGGGCUCGAGUGCAGUCGGUGGACUCGUGGGUUUCAGCGGCACUAAACUCGGCUCCAGCAAGACAAAGUUUGAGGGUCUGUGCCUGCUCUCCAUGCUCGUGAAGGACAGCUCCAGUGAGGUGUUCCAGCAGCACUGCCUGUCCUGGCUCCGCUCGCUGCAGCAAGUCAUCCAGUCCCAGGCUCCAGUCCAGACCAUCCAGCUGGCAGUGAAUGUGCUUCAGGACCUACUUCAGUACUCUGCACAGUUACCGGAGCUUGCCAGGGAGAUUGGCCUCAAUUCUAUCUUGGGGAUCCUAACUUCUCUGCUUGGUCUCAAGUCUGAGUUUGAGCUGGCAGCCAUGGAAGGGAUGACAGCCUGUAUGACCUACUAUCCCAGAGCUUGUGGAUCCCUCAGGGACAAGUUGGGUGCUUAUUUCCUCUCCAAAAUGGACAGUACCAACCAGCGCACACAAGAGGUGGCAUGUGAGUGUUAUGGUCAGCUGCCCUGUCUAGGGGGGAUGCUGGAGAGAGGUGGUGGUGGUGGAAGAGCAGAGAGCUGGGCCAGUCAGAUUCACUGCCUGCUGGCCUCGGCCAAUGCCAUGCUGGCUCAGAUUUACCAAGGUUCAGAACCAGAGGGAAUAAUGCGGUAUGAUGGACCAGGUGUUGAGCUGCCCUUCCCUCCCUUGGAUGACUCGGAUCCCCUCCUCCUACUGCAGCUCCAGCACAGAUACAGAGCUGUCUGCUUGGCUCUCAAACACACAUUAAGUGUGGACCCUUCUUCAGCGGUAUGCCUGCCUGUCAAACAAGUGCUCAACCUUGUGUGCCGGGCACUUGCUGUCAGCUCUAAGGGCAUUAGCAUAAUUGGGGAUGGGAGUUUAAGACUUCUGGUGCUGCCUGGCAUACACAUAGACACAUUUGAGAUCCUGUCAGCUCUAAUCGCAACUGUGCAUAAUGGCUUGGUCCAGUAUUCAUCUGUACUACAGAGACUCUUUUCCCAGACCUUCUCUGCCUGGAGCCCACUACCUGAAGCUAGUCUAGGACAACAGAGAUCCUUCAGCUCAGUUCGGGUCUCGGUCUACAAAGCCUUGGAACUCUGGGUGCAAGUUGCGGGAGCAUCAGCCAGCAUUCUUCAGGGAAGUGCCAGCAUCUCAGAGCUCCUGUUGGGCCAGCUACUGGCUGACAUCACACCAGCCACAGAAUCUGUAAAGCUUCGGGCAGCUCAGUCAGCUGGAACUGAUCUGGUAACCUCGGGUGGAAAGCCUGGUCCCCGACGGACUAAACCACUGGCUAUGGUAGAUGGAGGCGGGUCUUCCCUGCAAAGAAAAGGAGACCUUUUGACCAAUCAAGACACUUGUCUGUCAGCCCUACGAGCACUGCGACAGAUUAUCCUGACCAGUGGCACGCUGCUAAAGGAGGAUAUACACAAGCGACUCCAUGAUGUUGUUGUUCCGCUCUGCAUGCGUCUUCAACAGCAGCAGUCCAGUACUAAUGGUGCAUUUGACUCUCCGGGAAGUGUGAGUGGUCAGUAUGGAGGUGCAACCCCUCGCCAAGAACUCUUCAGAUUGCUCCUUGCCCUGGUUCUGGUGCCAUCACCAAGAUGGCCCCCACCACUGUCGUGUGCUGUAUCUAUCCUCAGCCGUGGGCAGAGAGACCGCAGCCUCAAGGUCUCCUCAUUCUGCACUGAGGCUUUGACUAUAUGUAAUUCACUCCUCCACCCACGCACCCCCUCCAUCUGUCUUCCUCUACCUCCACUUACCCUAAAACCCACCCCCAGUGCCCCUGUCCUUCCUCCUACUCAGGGACCCCCUUCGGGGAUCACUCUGCCUACCCUGCUUGGGGGCCCUUCCUCUGGUCCUCCGUUCCCCACCCGACAGACUCUCAGCCUUGGCCCCACAUCACUGCUGGGCUCUUUAGAGAACCACCUCACCCUGGCUCCUACAGGACUACCAAGCCAGGGUCCUACACCUGGUGAGAUGCUCCUCUCCCCCCAUGUUCACCAACCAGACCUAACUGGACUCGGACAGCCAGAGGGGCAGAGACCUGUUUUUGUGCGUUAUGAUAAAGAGGAAGCAGAGGAUGUGGACAUCUCCCUGGCAAGUGAUUCCGACGACAGCGUGGUCAUCGUUCCUCCAGGAAUGUUGAGUAUGGAGAACCCACAGGAUGACAUUGCAGCAGCAGCAACAGCAAACUCAGGAAUGCAAAACCCGGCUUCCACUGCACUUGGGGGGACCAGUAUUCCAUUACCAGGGGGGGAAUCUGGGGUGACCGGAGUUGUUACCACAACAGCAACAACAGCUGUCGAUGGGAUUUCACUUCCUAACAAUCUCUCCGCCACCUCUUCCCUCCUCACCACCUGUGCCACCACGCCAAUCAGCUCAUUUCCUUCUUCUAGCACUUCUCUGGUCUCCCUUGUUCCACCUCUGAAUUCCACUACUCUCAGUGUUCCUCACAGUGGUUUAGGGGAGUCGUUGUCAGGGGGACCUCAGCUCCAGCAGAUGCUGUUGCAAUCCUCCACACAAGUCCAACCUAGUCCAGUGAGUUUACCAUUACAGAUGCACCAGCUUCAGAGCCAGCUGACCCAGCAUGGCAGACAUCUCCACCCACACCACCAACACCAACCACAACAGACUAGCAAUGAAGACUCUGCUGUGAUAAACAUUAACAGCUCAGAUGAUGAAGAGGAGGAAGAGGAUGACAUUGAGGAUGAUGAUGAGCUGGGUGACGAGGAAGAAGAGGAGGAGGAGGAAGAGGAGGAAGGGAGUGAUUUUCAAGAAGACUUUUAUGAUGGGGAGGAAUAUGAGGACUAUGAUGAAGAAGAUGGGGGCGGGCUGGAGGAAGAAGAGGAGGAGGAGGAUGGGGAUGUUCCGCCACUGGAGGGGGCAGAAGACAGUAGGAGAGAGGUGGGGCUGGAGGAGGGGAACAUCCCCCAACCAGCAGUGGAUAAAGAAGGCAUAAAGGGGUGCAGGGUGGAGGGAGAAUCAGAAGGAGGGAUCGAGGAAAUCCAAACCAACAGUGCGGCAUUUAGAGAAGAAGGGGUAAAACAUCAGGAGGUGGAAAGCAUUGGAGUCCUGGAGAAAGCAAGGGAAGGUGAGGGUGAAGAGGAUGAGAGUGAAAGGAUGGAUGACCCCACAAUGCCUCAGAUCCUGUGUGUCACAGGGGGAGCGCUGGAAGAAAGGGAAGAGAUGGCUCCAGGUAAAGGGGCAGUGCAGCUGGAGGAAGGACAGCCAUGGGUGCAGGGAGCUAAUAGUGCAGAGCCUGUUGUCUCCUUGGAUGAAGACACAGACGAUAAAAAUCAACAGGAGCAAGGGGCCGAGCAUGCACUGGGAGCCAGCAUGAGUGACAGCCAGUCACCCAGUCGACAACAGGAACAAGCAAUCAAACCAGAAAGUGAUGCAGCAGCUGCAGAUUCAGAGAGCUCAGCAGCACUGAGCAAACAAGAGGGUGUGCGAGAGAAAAAAAGAAAAGCAGAACAGAUGGAAGAGGAAGAAGAGGGAGGUGGACAAGGGGGGGAUGGUGAAGAUGGGAAAGGAAUUAAGAGGAACAGAGAAGAGCAGAAUCAGGAAGAAGAGGAGCAAAGCACUGAGAAAAAGAAAAAGCUUGAUGAUGAAGCGAUGGAGUCAAUGCUGGCUGACUUCAUAGCCUGUCCACCUGAUGAUGAAGAGGGUGCCUCUGGAUCCAACCCCUCAGAAACCAAGUGAACCAGACUGAUUCAGUCUGACGGUCAUGUUGACAUGACUGCUCAUCUUGAUUUAACUUGUUUGGUCUGAUCUAGUCAUGUUCACUGUUGAACUCAUCUACAAAAACGGUUUGAUUUCACAUUCUGUCCAUCAGUUUAUUGUAUCUUAAUCUACCCAGACCUAAUAAAGAUGAUGUCUUUAUCAGCAUGCAGGCACUGCGGUGUAGUAAUGAAGGUCUCAGACAGAGAGCCUGAUGUAUUUAGCAUGGCUCCUGAAAGCUUUCUAACAAUUCAGUCUCAUGUUGUUGUAUCUGUAACUUGUUCCACUAAUAAUGUUCAUACUGUAAUGCUGAAGUGUUUUCUCUCCUAGCCAGUCUCCUUGUUAUCUGCUACAUGAAAUAAGUGGUGUAGGUCAAAGUUGGACCAAAUUUCAUAUAUUAACUUUUAAAGCACCAUUUUGAUGAUGGGGACUUGACAAACAUACUGCCUUACUGAGUGUUCAACCUGGUAUAUUUACACUUGUUCAGAGCAUAGUUGGUGAAAGCCUGUUGUGGAUAUAGCAGAUAAUGCUAAAACACUGUUAUGGAUAUAGCAGAUAAUGCUAAAAUACUGUUCGUGACAAACCCAUGGUGAUACCUCAUAUGAGAUCCUCCUGCUGAUUCAUUAUUUUUGAGUCAACUUUAUUCAGUUUAACCCAAAAGAUACUUGUUAUAUGUGGGUACCAGAUAGAACUUGUGUGAAGGAUGGGGAUUUCAUUAAUGUGCUGAAGUCACAUUGCCUAGCCUAUGUUAUGGCGUGUUCACGUUCCUGUCUGUCAGGCUAGUUUUAAGGCAUGGGGUUAAGAAGCUAGCCUACGUUAUGACGUGUUCAUGUUCCUGCCUGUCAGGCUAGUUUAUAGCAUGGAGUUAAGAAACUAGCCUACGUUAUGAUGUGUUCAUGUUCCUGUCUGUCAGGCUAGUUUUACAGCAUGGGGUUAAGAAGCUAGCCUACGUUAUGGCAUGUUCAUGUUCCUCUGUCUGUCAGGCUAGUUUUAAGGCAUGGGGUUAAGAAACUAGCUACCCAGACCUGGACAUUCAUUCUGUCACGUUACAUCCACUCCAACAGGGAGAUGCAGGUGUUUAGAAUUUAACUGGGAGGUCCAAAGGAAUUGAAUCGGGUGCAACUGGACUUGGUAUGUAUCCGUGAAGAUGUUUCACCUCUCAUCCAAGAGGCUUCCUCAGUUCGUGCCUUUCUGACUAGACCAAGCACGAACACAAAUUCUGAGUCUCAUCACCAGCCAGUCAGACUAGCUUGGUCUAGUCAGAAAGGCACGAACUGAGGAAGCCUCUUGGAUGAGAGGUGAAACAUCUUCACGGAUAUAUACCAAGUCCAGUUGCACCCGAUUCAAUUCCUUUGGAUAACCAUGACCUGGAUGAAUGAGAACAUUCACAGACAUUAACUGGGAGGCUUUUUUCUUUUCCCAUAGCUUUUCUGUAAACACACCCACAGAGAGUAGUGAUCCUGCAUUUUUGUAUUUGUUCAUUCUGGUGUUUUGUCCAACAGGUUUUCUUUUUCCUUUUCUUUUUUACCUUACUAUUUUGUUGUUUCUAUUUUUGUUUGUUACAAAAGAAAUAAACACAGUGAUAAUGUAAAGCACACUGGUUAAUGUCACACCACUUGUUUAACCCCUGCUCCCACUGCCCACUCACAUUCACAGCACAUAAAUAAUCCAGUGCGUGAAGCGAAUUCUUUAUGCAACAGUACGAGCCUGUUUCAUACCAUAAGCCACCAUCAGCUGUCAAUAAAGCUGCGCGGGAAAGAAGGAAAGAAAGGCGGAACACAGCAGAGUUACGACACUCGCUGAGCUCGCCGCCACUCCGUCACGUGGUUCAUGUACGCGUCAAUACUUCCAAAAAAUCCCGCGCUGCAGCGAGUGCGACAUUAAAUACAUGAAACCGUUAUUUUUACGUUUAACCGUUUUUACGUGUAUUGCUUAUCCUUUAAUGUUAACUUGAUAUGUGGACUGGCGGAGUGACAACUUCAUAAAUUACUUAUUAGGGGUCCAAGCAGCGAUAGCUGCGGGAACCCUAUUGUUUUUUACUAAUGUAAGGAUUUUUUUUAUAUUAUUAUUAAUUAAUAUUAUUAUUGUUUCCACAGGUCGCCACCAUAAGUGCAUUUACGUUUUUGUAUCUCGGGCUGUGUAUGGAAUUUUUGAGAAAUUCUUUUUUUUCCUCCGAUUCCGUGGAAGCUCCCGAA